GGAUACAACAAUUAGGUACACAAGUCGGUUUGUCUGCAACUCGCACGCGUUCUAAAUACGCGUACGGCUGCUGUCACAGUGUCGAUCCGCGGAUUAUACGCGAAAUUGAUGUUUUACAAAACGUGUAACAACUACAAGACGCCAUAAUAUAUUAUUAAUUUUCUUCGAUGCCUAACAAUAUGGUCGGAUUCCGCUCGUGCUGCUGGCCGUUAUUGUUACCGUUGUUGGUUUUUCACGUGGCCGCCGGUUAUGAAUACACAGUCAAUUAUGUGACCGUACCGGUAAGUCGGAUACCGCGAUUUGUCGACGAUCGGCGCCCGAGGAUAUUGUCGCGUUCGUUUUUCGUACCGCGAAGAUAAUACUAACACCGGGGUUACAAUACAAAUUGCAAUAUUUUCUCUGAAUGUCCUAGAGCAACGCUUUCCGAGCACGAAAUUCGUUCCGUAGGUGUAUCGAAAAUACGAAACUUUAAUUAGGUUCUUUUUUUUUUCAAACUCCGUAUUACAGCAGUGUUAACGGAAAAUUCGAUAAAAUCUGUUCCCUCCUAAAAGAAAACAAAUUCAUAUUUCUAUUAUUAGGAGUCGAUUUGCCGAUUAUACCAGAUAAAUACAAUGUCAGCUGCAUCAAGGAAAACGAUAAGCUGUUAUUAUCUAGUUGUAAUGUAGUCGUAUUGCACUAUUUAAUACAUUUCUUUAUUUUCCAUUUGAGUGCAUUAAAUUGUAUUUUUCCAAGGUAUUUUCCCUGUUUUUUUUAAAGCACAUUUAAAUCCGCAUGUCUUGUGAUGUCUCGAAGGGUGUUAAAUUUCUUCGCGUAUUUAACCCCGCCGAACAAACUACAACGGUCAGGUUCGGGGAAAUCAAACGAGUUCGUUUACGUCUUAAUACCGCUGAUCGUCGAUUUCAGCCGUUAAGAGUGUGUAUAUAUCAAAAGUUAAGUGCGCGACAAUAAUAAUUGCGCCGAAUUGGUAUUAUCGAAUAAAUUUUAUUUAUAUAAUGGCUCGAUGUUGGAAAAUUAUUAUUUUUAUUCGCUAAACUAUUAAUGUUUCUCUACCUGCUUACUUAAAAAACGAUGACUAUGGUAUUCUGUUUUUAACGGCUACAAUUAUAUAACAACGGUAAUAAAAUGCUGAACGUUGAGUAAUUUAUAUUAAUUCGCGUUUAUCUCCAGUACAAUCUAAACGGAGUGGUUCAAAAGGUAAUGAACGAAAAUUAAAACCGCGAACUAUAUUGGUUUGUUAUUACCCAUUUGACUGUUCAAAUUUUACGGACAAAUUGUUCAACAAAUGUUUUUUUUUCCCAGUUGAUUCAAUGAUUUACAGUAAAUUAUUAUCAAUUACAGUCUGAUUUACCAAUUUUAUAAUUAAAGUCUGAGGUAUUCAUAAUUAAAUAAUGAUAAUUUACGUACAAAAUGCAGAUUGUUCGAAAAAAACUCGACGUAAUCAAAUUCCGAAAUUGUAGAAUUAUGAUAACAGUCAUCACAACAUUUAGUAGACCCGGGAAAAUUUACCGAUUUUGUCGACCGACGAGGAAAAUACAGAUAUUUCUAAAAGAUUAUAAAAAUGCUUAUUCAUUUUCGUAACGUUUAUUUUCUUUUAAAAAUUCCAAAAUCUUCUCUUUGUAAUUCAUGAAAAUUGGAAUGUCGAAAAUCUAACCACGGAUUUAAUCACUUGUCAGUUAUCAGCUGUGAGGGCAUACUAACAACUAUUAUAUGUACCCGACAUAAUACGAAACGUUUUUCGAUAUUUUGACGUUUUUUCUCAGAUCCAAAAGAUCAAUCUAAAUUCAGAUUUAAGACGUGGUUGAUAGUUAGACUGGGAAAAAUGAUCCCCCAAAUUCUCCUCGUCCCCAAAGACUCCACUGAUAGCAUAUUCUAUAUACAAGGUGAUCCAUUAAGUGGGUACACUUUAAAUUUUCCGAGAUAAUAAGUAUACCCACUUAAAUGAUCAUUUUGUGUAAAUAAAAAAAAAAAUAAAUUAUAACCAUUUCUGCGUAUACAUAUUUAUAUAUUUUUUUGAACUUUUAGGUUGACCAUUUUAGUUUUUACAGCGACGAAUUGUUUGAAUUGAAAUACCUCACGAACGACACGUAUUGGGACGUUCAGAAUGGUCCGAUAUUUUUCUAUUGCGGCAACGAAGACCGGAUCGAAAAUUUCGCUGAAAAUACAGUGAGCUUAAAUUCUACAUUUUGAGUGAAUGUCUUGUUAUUUAUUUUCAUUCGAUACGGGUAUACACUACGUCACAACGACGACGCCGACACAUAAAAUAUUUGAUAUCCUAAAUCCAGAUCGAAGAUAGUUCAUUUCCAUGAGAUUUCACAUUUACAUAUUUUCCUAUUAUUUUUCGAUCUUUUGCAAAAAAUAUCGAACACAUCGUCAGUUUCAUUAUUCUCGAUAUUUUUCCGUCUUAUAUUAAUUAUGAAUUUGAAAAAUUUUUCAGGGCGUAAAAACAAAAUUAUUAUUAUUCGAAUCGGUGGCUUGGUGAAUCUGAAGUUCAUUUGAGGGGAUUGGAUAAACUGGUUACAAUUGUGUUAAUAUAUAAGUAUUUUAUAUACUUUGUACACUCAUAUUUUUUUACAAUUAAACAUUAUACAACAGGACACCUCCCCCCACAGUUAUUGCCUCGGGUAUAAUUAUUGAGUAACCAUUAAAUAUAAAAUUUCCAAGGGGGAAAGAGGGCAAUGGCCACGUCAAUCAAAUCCGCCAUUAUUUGAAUGUAUUCAUAGUUAUUUUCGAGUUUUUAACAAUAAUAUGUAAUAAACUAAUAACACUUGAUGUUAGACAGAUAUAGUCUCGAUGGCUCGUUUAAAACAGCCGAUCACUCGCUGUAUACGAAAAAUAAACACUUUUAAUUUGUUUCACGUCAUAAAUAUAGAUUAUGAGUAUGACUGUACAUUUUUUAUAAAAAUAAUAGUCCACGUAAAAGUACGAGAGAUUAAAUUUAACAAUGUGUACUCUAGGUAUUAAUCGAAUUUUUCAUUGUGUGUAGGUAUGAAUCUGGACUGAAAAUUUACUCCGAGUUUAAAUCCUGUAAAACAUAUUACGAAUAUAUUAUAACAAAAUAUUAUAUAUAAUAACUUCAAACUCUUUAUUACGUUUUUAGAUUCUGAUCGGAGCGAGGAAUGCAUUAGCUUUACAAUGCUGUUUAUUUUUUUUUCUGUGAACAACUUAUCUACUAGAAAUUUUACUCCAAUUUUCAAGUGUAGCAUUUUUUCUGUAAGGGAAUCUAACUGGGAUGGUACUUAAUGUAGGUUAUUUUUGAAUUUUCCCUGAAGUUUGCAAAAUAAAUGGGAAAAACCGGAAAUAAGCGGGAAAAUGUAUGAAAUGUAUUAUUUUCAAAUCAUAAAUAUUACGGCCUUUCAAAAUAUGUACAACCGAACUCCGCUCAGAAUCGUUUUACGUUAGCAACGGUUAACCGUUGCAUAUACGAUAAUUUCCCCCUCUACUUUUCCAAAUGUUUACCUACAACAGUGCCCUCCCCAUCGUGCAAAGUAUGUCCGUUUGUUUUAGAUUCUGAGUGGAUUGAAGAAGCUUAAGAUGUAACAAAGAUGUUUAUUUUUUUUUUUUCUGUGCGUAACUUUUCUAGUAGAAACCUUGCUCCGAUUUUCAAGUGCAGUACCUUUUCUGAAAGGAAAUCGGUGAGGGGAGGUACUUUAAUAAGAUCAUUUUUCGAUUUUCCAAAGAGUUUUCCCAGUAAAUGUUAAAAAACGAGAAAAAACACGGGAAAACCUGAAAAAACGUAGCAAAGUCGGUACAGAAUUAAACAAACAUUAUAAAAGAAAAUACAUAAAGCCUAUUUAAUUAUUUUACUAUAAUAUGGAAAAUAUAUUAUUGACAAAGCAUCUCUGUCAACUGAACUCCGCUCAGACACGUUUUUUCGUUGGCAAUAUUUUUUUGUUAUAGGUUUACAGGCUUACAGGCAUAGGUACAUUAAAUUACUUAUAACAACGACUAGACGUUUUUUUUUCUAUUCAAUCCGUAUUUGGUAGAAUGAUGCAAUAUGUUCCCCUCACUCUGCUCUAUAAUAUCCGAAGCGACUUCGUUGAUUUUCUUGCGACACUUCUUAUUUCCUACGCAGUACACCAUAAUUCGUUUCACCAAACGAUUACCUUGGUCCUUUCUCCCCGAAUUUUUCCUUCCAUUAUUGCUGUUAUUUAUGUAUGUGCUUCUUGUCGGACGAUAUUUCCUGUCCAUUAUUAAUAUUUAUUUCUUCAUUUCACAAUUUGCUUUUUCGCCGUCAUUAAUACAUUGACCUACGAAUAUCGUUCAUCCUGUACAAAUAUUUUUUGCGGUCGUAACGAGUUUGACGACGACGUGAUAUCCCGAAAAAUCACUCACACACGAUAAUAAGUUUUACGCUAAUGGCGAAUAAUAAAAAAACCAAUUAGGGUUUUAUGUGGGAAAUUGCGGAAGAGUUCAAGGCGUUGAUCGUGUUCGCCGAACACCGUUACUACGGCGAAUCGAUACCCUUCGGUGGAAAUCCGGGCCUUUCAGAAAUGGGUUACCUGACUUCGCAACAAGCGCUCGCAGACUUCGUGGACCUGAUCAAGUACUUGUCGGCCGAACCGUCCGGCAAACGGUCCAAUCCCGUGAUCGCUUUCGGCGGUUCGUACGGGGGAAUGUUGGCCGCCUGGUUCCGGAUGAAAUAUCCCGCGGUCGUCCAAGGGUUGGUAUCAUAACAACUUUCUUUCGUCUACUUAUUAUUUUCCGUAUACGCAUCAAAGUCGAAUCGUUCAAAAUUCGAUUGUUAUUAUAUACGCCAAUCAUAACUGCGCGGCACAAGUGUCUUCAUAACCGGAACACGAAAAUACAUGUUGGAUAAAACCGUCACCGUUAUCCAGUGCUUCAAUUGGAAUGGGAACGGAGUUUCCUACAUUAUUUUUUAGUAAUAUUUUAACGUUAUUUUAGUUUUUCACUGCAAUCUGAUUCAGCCGUUAACAAAAUUGAUUGAGAUAUGUGAUUAAAAAUGUUUCGAUUCUAAAUGUAGGUCCAAAUUUACCAACAUCAAAAAAUCUAUUACUAUAACUCAUUUAUUUCCCUUCGAUUGAUGAUAAACUCGAAGGGUAGAACGCGAUUGCGUACGUUUGUCCUUUUUGAUCACGCGAUUGCGCAUGUUUUUCGAUAGAUUAAAGAAUACUUAAAAAAUAAACACGAUUGCGUACGAAUUCAUGUGCAACGUUGUCAAAAUACAUAUAUAUGUAUUCUAUAUACUCAAUAAUUAUCCAGUGCAAUAAUUUUAUCUGAACUGUCGAAUAUUAUUACCAAUAAUAUAAUUAAUACAUUUAUUAAAUCAUAGUUACAAAAUUAAUUAUUUUAAAAUGCCCAAAUUUUAGUUUUUGAACAUCUAUAACCUUAUAGGUACUUUUAAAUAUAGCAAUACAUUUUUUUUUGGAUUUUAUACUCAUCAUAAACCUUUAUAAUAUUUUGAAUUCGAAUAAAAUACUAUUUUGCCAUUUUUUAGAUUCCGAGCGUAGCGAGGGAAGCUAUCGGUUUUACUAAGAUGUUUAUUUUUUUAAAUUUUUUUUUUCUAGUCUAUGGACACGUUUUUUUCUAGUAAAAUUACUCCGAUUUUUACGUGUAAUAACUUUUCUGCAAUUUCAAGUUGUUUAGAUUGUAUUUUAAAGAUGUUAUUUUUUAAAUAAAAGGACUUAGUAGGGAAAAACGUACAAUUCAGUACGUUUCAGGAUUUCAUUAUUUUAUAAAAAUACGGACGACGUUUUCAAUUAGAAAAAAUGAUUUAAUCGAAAAAUCACAAGACACCUUAUUUGCUGCCUAUUUGAUUUAAUUUAUUACGGUAUAAUAGAUAAAAUUUUUGAGCCACUUUUGUGCUUUUAGGGAUUUUAAUUUUUAGGAGUUUUUUUUGCUGUUAUUCGGUUAUUAAAACAAGUAGAGACUUGAAACUUGGUAAUAAUAUUUAAAUCGGAAUUACCUAGACGUGGUAAAAUUAUCAUCGGACGACUUUUUUUUUUUUAAUCAAAUUUAAACGAAAACCGCAAAAAAAAUUACGGCACUUCAAAUUAUGUAUUACCAAACUGCGUUCGGAGUCGUUUUUAGUCAAGUAAUGGUUUAUCGUUACAAAUAUAGAUGAAAUGACUUUAUGUAUCCUACCUUGCCAACUUCUCAUCUACAACGGUGGCCACUUCCAUCCCCAGAAUCGGCUCUUUUUUAUUUUAUUUUCCCGUUAUUAAUUAAUUGUAUAACAAUCGGUCUUGUCCAUUAAAAUCUAAAAGCAAUAACUGUAUUUUAUUUUCGGAUUUUACAAGUUCAAUAGAAUUUUAGAAAAAAAAAAAACUUAACUAAAUCGAGUAACUAUAGGCAUUAGUUUUUCCGAAUAAUUUAAAAAUAUUAAAUGCCCGUUGAAUCGCUCCGAUUCAGUAGUGUAAAUUUGCAAGUUUCGGGGAUAUGUCAGCCACUCAGCUUUUCUAUGUACCCCCCCCCCCCUCAAUCAUCGGUGCUGAAUGGAUAUUACAUGAACGUUAUACUAUAAUAUUAGACGGAUAUAAAUUAGACAAUUCAAUUUUAAGGUGCGCGCUCUCUUUUUUUUUUCUUCCGUCCCCUUUCUAAUUAUCCGUUUCCAACUCAAACACUGCCGUUAUCGUAAAAAAAAAAAAAAUAAAAUAAAAUAACGCGAACUUAAAAAACCGCAAAUUCGAAUAUAAUAACUAAUAAUGUUCCCGUGCGCAACGAUUACGCACUACAGCGGUACAACGAUAUUGCAUAUCCAAUACGCCUUGUUACCGGACGUCGAUUGUAACGAAAUAAUAUUAUCGAUGUUACGUAGUGAUGGGCAAAACCGGACAUAGUUGCCAUUGAAGCACAGAUAGUUGAUCUAAAUUCGAUUGAUUAAAAAAAACUAUUCUUAUGAUUUUCAUUCGGUUAUGGGAAAAACUGUUCGAAUGAAAUAUUCUACAGUCCGUUUAAACUAUCGAAAAACCAGGUUUUGCACAAUCGAACACUGUCGACAGUACAAACCAUUCGGAAGUGCGCAUCACUGGUAUUAUAUUACGUAGAAGACGGAUAUUCUCUACUUCGAACCGUUAUUUUAUAGGUUUGACAACGUGCCCUCAAACAACUUAAAGGUUAUGUUUGACCGAAUGCUAGACAGUUAGGGUCACUGAAACUGACAUGAAUUUACAAAAUAUUUUUUUUCAGUGCCGUAGCUUCGUCGGCGCCGAUAUGGCAGUUCACCGGGAUGACGCCGUGCAACGAUUUCUACAAAGUGGUCACGUCGGUUUUCAGGCAAGCGGGUGCCGAAUGCGCAUUGACGAUUUCUAAAUCUUGGGAAGUCAUCGACAACGUCACGUCGACAGGUAAAGUGCAGUGCCGAGUUACAAACACAAUCGCGUCGGUUUCUUUGCUCGUAUAGAUAAUUCCGAAAUUGCACAGGUACUUGGUAAAUUAAAAAAAAAAAAAAACGUAUGGGAAACACUAAAAGUUACUAAAAGUUUAUAUACCGCUCUGUAUACAUAAUAAUUAUUACGAUCUAACGACCACAGCGAUAUCCACGUUAUUUACGAUUGUGUGCACAAGUAUUAUAUUCGUAUACGUACUACAGGUUCCGGAAGUGAUUGGUUGUACAAAAAUUGGGAAUUGUGCAAAACGUUGGAGGACGACGACGACGUGCAAGAUCUGAAAUCGUGGGCCGCCGAAGUAUAUGUGGCGCUGUCCAUGGUCAACUAUCCGUACGAGGCGAAUUUUUUGGCCCCUCUACCGGCCAAUCCGAUUAAAGUACGUCCGAGAGUAUGAAACCGGGAAAAGACGGGGGGGGAAACGGUAGACUUUCAAUCAUGCGAACAUUCGAUAAUUCAAAACUUUCGUUAAUUCGAAGUAAAUCUUCGGUUCCUUGAAAACCGCGUGGUAACGCGGAUGAAAACAACGUAAAUGAUAUGUGUAUAUGAUUCACUCGGUUGUUCGAAGUACAAUUUUCGGUCAACCAGCCACAAACACUCGACAAUUCGAAGUUUCUUCGACUCGACUCUCGGCAACUCAAAGCCGUUUUCCCCGGACCCCGUAAUUAUGUCUCACGGGUAUUUUAAAUUGUCUAGUGUUCGCUGUAGGUUUAUUUUAGUUUCGUUUUGUCGGUUGCAAAAUAAACAUGACGUAUCAUUUAGUAUGAUUUUACGUAUUUUUGUUGCAUUAUUACUGCACGUUAUAUUAUAUACUAGAACACACAUCAGUGGCGGAACCCGAGGAAGGGUGGUUCGACCAUCUUUCCCGCUCGUUAUUAUUGUUUCGCCUAAUUUUAGCAGCCUUAGCAGUUCGAACACUCGGCAGUUCAGAAGUUUUAUUAUUUUCGAAUUAUUCAAAGUCGACCGUAUACAAAUAUAAUUAAUUAUCCACAUCGUAAAACUCGUUAACUAUACUAUACUAUGUUCCUGUAAUGUGAUAAAUCGUUCACAGGAAGUGUGCAAGUCGAUGACCAAUCACUUGGAAGAUAACGAGACGCUCCUGAAAUCCGUUUUCGACGGUUUGAGCGUGUACUUCAACUAUACCGGCGCCGCCCGCUGUUUGGACAUUUCUUCGGUGUAUCCUCCCGGAAUGGACGCAUGGAACUACCAGGUGGGAAAUGCAAAAACUCUUGUAAACAUCGCGUAGGUAAAUCCAACGUGUCCAUGUAACGCUGCGUGUUUAGACUUGUCUCCGUCGUUAUGAAAUAUUGUUGCUUAUCAAUGGAAAAAAAAAAAGUGUAUGUAAAAAUAUUAUGAAGUUGACAUUUGACAUUGAAUUAUUCCAAUUUCCGUAAAGUGAUAGUCGUCCAUAAAAACGGUCAUAUCAGUCUCCCCUAAUAAGUGGAUAUCAAACAAUAGAUAAAUGGAAAAAACUUAUCAUUAAGGAAGUCGUUAAACUUAAAAUGUUUAAUUGUAUUCAUGAAUACGGAUAAUCGGACACUCGGUUAUUAUUAUUGGCUCUUAAACUUUAGGCCUGCACGGAGAUGAUAAUGCCGUUCUGCACGAAAGGCGGCGACGACGACAUGUUCGAACCCAGCCCGUGGGAUUUCGACGCUUACGCAGAGAGCUGCGAACUGAUGUACGGGGUCAGGCCGACCACGGACCUGAUGGAAAAAGUGUACGGCGGCAAACACAUCAGGGCCGCGUCCAACAUCAUAUUCAGGUACACUAGAUACGAACAACUGCGUUAUAUUUUGCUAAUGUAUACAGUUCGACACAGGCGCGGUUCCAGGGGAGGCCUAGGGGCCGCGGCCCCCCAAGUCCGUAUUUUUGUUAAAAAAAAAAAAAAUAAAAUAAAUUGUAUACUAUCGACUAUUGCAGAAACGUACAAGUAUGUAGUUAGUUAUCUACCUACAAUCUAUAUUGGUACUACGGAGUAUAAAUAAACUUAUAAAAUAUGUUUUUAAUCCAGUUUUCUGAAAAAUAUGACUUGCCCCCUUCGAGGCGAUUUUCGAAUGGGUACCGUUUUGCCCGGCCCCCAAAAUAGACUCGUUCUUUUCGUCAAAUUCUAUUAUGGACUAUUGUACUCACUGUUAAGAGGACGUUAUACCAAUAUCUACUGCCUCGGUCCAAUUACCGUGUGACAUGCAAAAACAACGCUUACGCAGAAUAAGUAAAACUAGCUUAAUUUCGAUUUUACAUUAAGAGUACCUGUAAUGAAACGUAUAGAGAACAUUAUUUUUGAGGGAAUGUCGUAGGGUUUCGUUGCAUUCGAAAUAUACAGUUCGAUAUAAUAGAUAUCUACAACAACCGUUUGUUUUUAUUAUUUAAAUAACUGCAACUUUUUUAAUAGCUCAUAAUUCAAAAAAAACCUACGACAUGCCCUCCGAAAUAUUGUUCUCUAUACAUUUCAUACUAGGUACUUUUACUCUAAAAUCAAAAUUAAGGUAGUUUUACUUAUUCUACGUAAGUAUUGUUUUUGCAUGUCACCCGGUAGUUUGACCGAGGCAGUAGAUGCGAUUAUUACGUCCUCUUGACGGUAAACUGUUCGGUCCGCCGUCCUCGGUAGGUCGCACGUGUAUAUUAAGCGCUAAAGGUCUCGCGGAACCAUUGCACACGGUGUCUAAUCGGUAAUGUCGGUUUACAGCAACGGCAUGUUGGACCCGUGGUCCAGUGGCGGCGUGUUGAAGAGCGUGUCGUCCACCGUCCGCGCGUUUCUCAUACCGGAUGCCGCGCACCACUUGGACCUGAGAGCGUCCAACCCCAACGAUCCGAAAUCCGUGAUCCAGGCCAGGAAGCACAUCAAGAACUGGAUCCGCGGAUGGAUACUCGAAUAUCGAUACAGGAACUAGGAACGAAUUAUGAAUAAUACGUAUAGUUAACCUACAUACCUACCGCCUACGUAGGUACCCUAAUUUAUUAAAGUUAUUUUGUUGUAUCUAUUUUACCGAACAAAAAAUACCUAGGUAUUCGAAUUGCAAAACUAAAUCAUACCCAUACGUAUAAUAUAAUCGUACACCACUGUUUUGUUGUUGGAUUUUUAUUCUCCGGAGUUAACUGUUGCACUUCUCAAAAAUUGACCACUGCAUUUUUACUAAUGACUUGAAUACUAAGUACCGGAGUAGUAGGUAUGUUUGUUGCACUCAAUUGUGUAGAUAUAUUUUUUGCUUUGUUGUUUACCAAGAUUUGUCUUCGCCAAAAAAUGGAGUUGUGGGGUGGUUUCAUUGGGAUUGGACACUUCGUGUGUAGUAAAAAACGACAGAGAAGGGAUUCAAAAACUCUUGGUUUGUCUUUUUUCUUUUUGUCACUUUGUACCGCUUAAAUAAGUUUCUUCUGGUCAGAAAUUGAGACACUUUUCGUUUUGAAUUCAUGAUACGCUCGACGGGUUUUUGCACUUUUGAUACAAUUAAAUGAAAUAAAAUAAAAUGUUUUAAUUUUUGUGUAUUUUUCAUAGAACUAAAUUUAAAUUUGAAAGUGGAAUCUUUAUACACUUACUGAUAUUAGUGGAGCUAAUACCAUAAGGUAGUGGAUGUUAUCAUAUGUUAAUAGCAAUUAAAAUGUUGUAAUACAAAGUUUGAGAAUUGGAAAAAUUUGUUAUAUUGAGAAAAUGUUGGCUAAAAAAACUUUUUCAUGUCAAGGGAACCGUUCAUUUAAUUUUCAUUAUACUAUGAGAUUUUCAAAAUAAUGCCAAUUUCAUUCAUUAAGUAUCACUAGUUGACUGUAUUAUCAAGCACAAAAUAUUCAAAAUAUACAACAUAAAAUAUAAUAAUUACACAUACCUAAUACCUAGUGAUUUAUCUACACCAGUGGUGCACAAAAUUUUAUUAGGGAGUCAACAAUAAUUUAACACAAAAUGAAAAAGUUAUAUACUGUGUAUAUUAUUUUACAUAAUUAUUUAUAUAUUUAUUUAAGAGUUGCAGCAUCAAAUAUCAAAUCAAACAUAGAAUCAAUUAUGUCUACAAUACAAGCUCAGGUCUCUCAUUAAAAUCAUUAAAUCAUGUAAUACCUAGUAAUUUUAUAAUUUUAAACAUUUUAAAACGUUGAUUAUAAUUAUAUUAACUUCAGUAAUUUUGCGUUUUUUUUUUUUAUGUUUUGAAAUAAUUAAAUUAAAGAAAUAUUAAAGUUGCCAAAAAAUUAAAAAUUUAAUUUGUAUAAAUACAAUUUGUGUAUACAUUAAGAAUAUUAAGCAAGUAUAUAUUAUAUACUUACAUAAUGUUGGUUGGAAGAAGGGUUGUAUCAUCAAAAUAAUUAUUGGGAUCCUGGAUAAAAAAAAGGUUGCGCACCACUGAUCUACAUGGAUGUAAUUUUUUCAAAUUAUUGUAAUCUAAGGAAUAUUAGAAAGAAAUAUACUAAUAAGAUCUAAAAUAAUUCUGAUUAGUAUCUGAUAAUAACAAAUAAUAUGAUCUAAGAAACAAAAAAAAAAAAAAAAAAUGGAAAAUAUAAAUUGCCAAAUUAUUUUCUUUUAUGAAAAAAUCAGUCUUGAAAGUAUAAAAAUACAUAAUAAUACCGGUAAAUUGUUUCGUACUCCUUCAUAGCUAUUAAAAAAAAAACAUCAAUACAUUGUUUCAAAAAGGUAAACUAGAGAAAUACUAAAAAAUAAAUACUAAAUAAUUGAAUACAAUUAAAGAAAGGCUUUCAUAAAUAAUUUUAAACAAACAAACUUAUCACAUUUUUGUGACGUGUAAAUUAAAUUUAGAUAAAUGGAUUUAUCAAAAAAAAAAAAAAUAAAUAAAUAUAAUAAUAGUAUCACUUUAAUUUUUGACUGCAAUAUCAAAAUAGGAAGGGUCUAAUUAUUUUGGCUUCAUUUAAACAGACUACAAAUUAAUACAUAGUAAAAAUAAUUGAUCAAUGCAACUAAAACAUCAUUUUUAAAAUUGCUUUAACUACAUGACAAAAAAAAAAAAAAAAUUCAUAACUUUAUAAUAAAAAUAAUUUAUAUAUAUCGAAACACUUAUACAAGUCUAGUUUUUAUUUUAUUAUUAUUCUGGAACAACAAUAAAUUAUAUUAACCAAAUAUUACAUACAAUGGCAACAAUUAAAAUUUAAAAUAAUAAAUGGAAGUAAUUAUUCAUCACAAUUCGUAUUCAUCGCACCAUGGAUGAUCAAGGACAUCUUCGGCAGAAAAUCUCAAACUAGGAUUGGACUGUAACAUUGAGCAAACCAAAUCUUUGGCUUCUUCAGAUACAUUAUCCCAGUAUGGAUCUGGAAAACCAUAGGUUCCACUCAAUAUAUCAUCGAACAGUUCCUCUUGACUGCCGUUUUCAGCAACAAAUGGUGGGAAGCCACAUAACAGUAUAUAUAAUAUCACCCCAGCAGCCCAGAUAUCAAUUUUCACACCAUAACCUUCCUGAGUGAGAAUUUCUGGAGCAACGUAAGUAGGGGUACCACACACCAUAUAUAAAGGUUCAGUGAUUUUUUGAGACAGCCCAAAAUCGGCUAAUUUUAAGUGCAGUACAUGGCCAUCAUCAUCAAACUCAACUAGAAGAUUUUCUGGUUUCACAUCCCUAUGAACAAUGUCCAUUCCGUGGAGGUAUGCUAGAGCUGAGGCUAAAUUCCUUGUCAUUAAUCGAAGAUCACGUUCAGAAAAAUCAGUGCACCUGGCAAUAGCUUCAAAUAGGUCACCACCACUAAUUAGCUCUGUCACAAGAUAUACGUAUGUGGUUGUUACUAGAUCUGAUAUUAAAUUGAUAAUAUUUGGAUGUCUAAUCGAUUUCAAUAUUGAGAGCUCAUUUUCAAUCAUUUGGUUCAUUUGAGGGGCUUCUAUUUUUUUAAUAAUUUUUAAUGCAUACUCUGAAUUAUUUCGUUUGUCAAAACACCGAUAAACUACAGCAAAAUUACCAUCACCAAGCCGAUCACCAAUGGUAUACCUGUAAUUAUAAAAAAUG